UGUUCACUGCCGGGCGGCGGCGGAAGCGGACGGGCCGCGGCGUCGAAGCGACAGGGACGGACCGGGAGGCGCCGCCGUUCUACCGCCCCGCGCACCCGCCCAGCCGACAUGAGUGACCAGCAGCUGGAUUGUGCCUUGGAUUUGAUGAGGCGCCUGCCUCCACAGCAGAUAGAGAAGAAUCUCAGUGACCUCAUUGACUUGGUCCCCAGCCUGUGUGAAGAUCUCCUCUCCUCUGUGGAUCAGCCCUUGAAGAUUGCACGGGACAAGGUGGUGGGGAAGGAUUAUCUAUUGUGUGACUACAACAGAGAUGGGGACUCCUACAGGUCACCGUGGAGCAACAAGUACGACCCUCCCCUGGAGGACGGUGCCAUGCCCUCGGCUCGCCUGCGCAAGCUGGAGGUGGAAGCCAACAAUGCCUUCGACCAGUACAGAGACUUGUAUUUUGAAGGUGGAGUCUCCUCUGUCUACCUCUGGGAUCUGGAUCAUGGCUUUGCUGGGGUGAUCCUCAUUAAGAAAGCUGGAGAUGGAUCAAAGAAGAUUAAGGGAUGCUGGGAUUCCAUCCACGUGGUGGAGGUUCAGGAGAAGUCCAGUGGCCGCACUGCCCAUUACAAGCUGACCUCCACAGUGAUGCUGUGGCUGCAGACCAACAAAACUGGCUCUGGUACCAUGAACCUGGGGGGGAGCCUCACCAGACAGAUGGAGAAGGAUGAGACUGUGAGUGACUCCUCCCCACACAUAGCCAACAUCGGCCGCUUGGUAGAGGACAUGGAAAACAAAAUCAGAAGUACACUGAAUGAGAUUUAUUUUGGAAAGACAAAGGACAUCGUGAAUGGGCUGAGGUCUGUGCAGACUUUUGCAGACAAAUCAAAACAAGAAGCUCUUAAAAACGACCUGGUGGAGGCUUUGAAGAGGAAGCAGCAAAGUUAAAGUCCUGUCAGUGCUAACCAGCCAUGCCAUGCACUCGUUAGAUUCCUUUCCUAGAGAAUCAUCCCCGCCCUUUUCUGUUGGUCACGUCACGAUUUGCAUCCAAUACUCUCCAUGCAGCGCCAUCCUCUCCCCAUGAAUAAAGCUGUACAAACUUUUUCAGUCUCUGACGCCUACUUUGCACCACAUUUUACUAUUAAGACCUUAGGCUAUGUUCCUGUAGAAGUCCAUGUAUUAUUUUUUUUUCCUCCUCCCCCCUUUCCCACCCUCCCCCAUUUAUAUGCAUCACCACAGAUCAUCGUAUGUCUUUUCCUCCCUCACCCCCUCCUGCCUUUUGUUACAUUGGUGUAAAAAAUGUAAAACAAAAAUUUAUUAAAUACUGUGGUGUGUGAAAGAGGAAGAACUGGAAAAACAAAAAAAAAAAAACCGAAAAAAAAAAAGAAAAAUAAUCUAUUCCACGGAUGUUUGGGGGCUGGGCACAGGGGCUGGCUGGAGGGAGGGAGGGAGGGAAGAGAGGGUGUUCUGGGGGUUGUACAAUACUGAGUAACCCAGAUGUGCAGGAGAUGGUGAUUUCGAGACCUGCUGAAAGUUCUGCUCUUCUAUAGCCUGGUUCCAAGGCGCUUUUCUGUCAAUUUUUAUGGAAUGCAAAAGGGGUUUUUGUUUUGAUUUUUUGUUUUUUUUUGUAAAGCUUAAAUUGAAUCUACAUCUGAUACUUGAGCCUCCAUACUAAAAAAUGGAAAAAAAUAAAAGGAAAAAAAAAAGACUAAAACAAUAAAAACAACAAAAAAAAAUCCCAGAAA